CAUCCGGUUUGUUUUCAGAUAUUUAGCGAGCAUGAUUUCCAAUGGAAAGCUGUCAUGCUGUUGCACGAUGUAAUUCAAGAGGAGAAAAUAUAUUUGCUGACAAUUUGAUAAUCUACAGUCUUCCCAUCUGUAGUUCUUCUCUGCUAUUUGACCAACCACAGUUCAAUCAUUCAGCUGGAAAUCGACUACAGUUGAUUAAUUCGCAGGUUUCUCAACCUCAAAUUUAUCCCCGUGGGCCUCAAAUACAUCAACCUUCAGUGGUGUUUUCUUCGAUUCAAUCAUCUCAAGUAAUCAAUCCGCAAAUUUAUCAGCCUCAAGUGACAAAUCCCCAACUCUAUCGGCCUCAAGUGAUUAAUCCGCAAGUCUAUCGGCCCCAAGAGAUUAUUCCACAAGCCUAUCAGCCCCACUUGACAAAUCCGCAAGUAUAUCAACACCAAGUGAUUAAUCCGCAAGUAUAUCAACACCAAGUGAUUAAUCCGCAAGACUAUCAGCCCCAAGUGAUUAAUCCGCAGGCAUAUCAACCUCAAGUGAUUAAUCCGCAAGUGUAUCAGCCUCUAGUGGUAAAUUCAACAAAUUAUCCAUCCCAGUCGAUUAAUCCGCAAGUUUAUCAUCCCCAAGUGACUGAUUCACCGAUUUAUAAGUCCGAAGGGGUCAACUCAUCGUUGUACAAAGCACAAGGGGUCAACCCGCAAGGUUAUCAACCCCAAGUUGUUGAAGCACCGAAUUGUUCCCAGAGAAAUCAAAAACAAUCAAUCAAUACUCAAGUUAGUCAGUCGCAUUUGAUAAAUCCUCAAUUGAUCCCACAACCCUAUUCUGCUGAUCAUCAUUCACAGUCACAGUUGAUCAAUUUCCCAGUUGAUCAACCACAUUUGAUCAAUCCGCCCAAUACUCGGGUACUAUCGAUUGAUCAACCUUCAUCAAUCAUAUCACCAGGAUAUCAACCUUUAUCACCCAACCUAUCCGGUAAUGCCUGUGGUCAGUUUGACAUAAAGAAAGAUAUUAGAAUGGAUACAAACAAAGAUGAAAGUCUAGUAGCUGCUAACGAUGAAUAUAACAAAGAUCGGACAAUGAGUUCAGAACACGAAGAAAACAGCUUGAAAUCGGAAGUAGUUUAUCAUUACGAACCUAGCAGCGACGAAGAAGAAGAAGAAGAAGAAGAAGAAGAUAAAGGUUUGGAAAAGGAUGACUUACCAGAUACGACUGAAGAGAAAGAAUCCGAAGACUUCAAAAUUUCAGAAAAUGAUGAUUAUGACCUAGUGAGCGAGCAAGUUGCUGAAGAAAUGGAGGGUACAUCUAAUGCUCAUGUGCUUGAACCCCGGGAGAAAGAUCCCAUUAACAUAGACGAUCUUCUAGAUGAUGAUGUAAGAGAUCCUGACUACAAUGAAGAACCUGAAGAAGAGGAUAAUGAUAAUCCGGACUUUGAAAUUAAAACGACCAGAGGAGGACGUGUUGUCAAGAAAGUUAACUAUAAGGAAAAGGAGAUAUCUCAAUCACGUUACAAGGAGGACUCAUCACGUGACACCAAAAAUAAAUCUAACUCACGUGACAUCAGAAGAUUAAGUACAACUGAUGAUAAAACUAGGAUGCCAAUACAGAGGAUUAUCAUCCCUCCGGUGACGAAGGAAACCCCCAGAAGGAUAAUUGUCAGUGAGAAAACUAAACCCCCUAUUAGAACAAUCAUCGUUCAACCAACAGAAAAAAAGAAAAUGUACACAACAAUUAAGGUUCCCGUGGAAAAUAAACAUCCUAAGGCCACUAGAAUAAUCAAAAGUGCAACUUCUACGACUGUUUCUUUAAAGCCAGACAUUUCUGCAGUUGAGUUAUUGGAUAAGUCGUUGGUUGAUUCAUUGGUUGCUUCGUUGGUUGCGUUGGUUGCUUCGUUGGUUGAUUCAUUGGUGAAGAAUACUCCAGUUUACGAGGAGAGACUGAACGGCAUUGGGAAGUUUCUCAAAAUCGAUUUAGAUGACGCUGUGAAAAAGAUUAAAUAUUUUGAUUCCCUGAGUUUACCGCAUCUUCAACUCUACUUCUCAAUCAUUAACUGUUUAGAUUUUGAUGGACCUCCAGCAGGCCUGGAAUCCUUGUCUCCUCUUUCAAAUAUUGGGCUCAGGAAAGAUCUGUUUCUAAAUUUGAGCAGUAUAUUGGAGAAGGACGGAGAUCUAGCAGUGACCAUAGUAGCUGAACUAGGAGACGAGCAAUACCAGGAAUUUUGUUCUGUUCUGAAUUGUCCCGCGCCCAUCAUACGUGAAAAAGUUCCUGAAAUGGUGAUCAGCUAUCACCGGAUCAGGUCCAUGAUUGUGUCAGAUCUUAUGUCCAAGCUCAGUGAACUCAAGGUAUGUUUUAAUAAGGAAGGCACCCAAUGGCCCCCCCCCCCUACAUCAAAUGUGCCAACUCCACCAUCCCCUUUGUUUAAGGGUCGUUAG